UGCUAUGGGAAACUCAGCAACUUUUUUCUGGACAGGUUUUGAUAAAUCUCCCCCAAAGUGUCCACAGUUGUAUAUAAAAACCCAAUGGUCUUCAUUUAAUCACUGCUGAUUAUAGGAAACAAUGAGUAGGUCACCAGACUGAAUCUUCGACAAAUCUGCAGAAUAGUGAGUGCAGCUCUGAAGUAUAAUACAGGAUAUAACUCAGGAUCAGUACAGGAUAAGUAAUGUAAUAGACCUAUGCGUUGCAGUUGAUAGGACACAGACCCAGGGAGGGAGCAGGUUUGACCUGUGAACCCUCCUAUUGUGACCCCUCCUGUCACCGUUCAGAGUCCCACUGAGUAGAAUGGAGGAGAGCUGGAGCCAGCUGGGGAAAGAGGAGCUGGAUCAUCAGUACUCACCAAGUCAUUGGUCUCAUCGUAUGGACAAAGAUGCCGUCAUAGAGGCGCACGUUAGAGAAACUACAGAAGGUACAAGAAAAUCUCGGGCUGUGACCCGGACUGCACUGAACAUCCAAUAUGGCGACCGUGACAGUGAGAAGAUGGACCUGUAUCUACCCGAAGGAGAACCAACAAAUUUCCCCAUACUGGUUUACAUCCAUGGAGGAUACUGGCAGUUUCUGAGCAAAGAGGAGUCGGGAUUCAUGGCUUCUCCGCUAGUGUCUCAUGGGAUUGCGGUCAUGGUGAUGGAUUAUGAUAUUGCUCCAAAAGGUGACAUGGAUACCAUCCUAGCACAGGUCAGAUGCAGCAUUGCCGCAGUUCUUAGGCUUCACCCACAGAAUACAGGAAUCUACCUAUGUGGCCAUUCUGCUGGUGCACACCUGGUAGCCAUGGCCCUCUGCACUGACUGGAAAAAGUACGGGGUCACACCAGAUAUUAAAGGAGCAUUCCUGGUGAGUGGAGUGUAUGACCUGCUACCUAUCAUACAUACCUAUGUGAACGAUGCCCUAAAGAUGUCCAGGGAGGUGGCUCUAAAGAACAGCCCAAUACAGUGUGUGAGACAGAUAAACACUGGAGCCUGUCCUAUGGUCAUAGUGGUGGCGGAACACGAUUCUCCUGAGUUUCACAGACAGUCACAGCUCUAUUUCCAGAGCCUGAAGGAAUGUGGACUUGGCGUCUCCUAUGUACAAGUAGACGGUACCGAUCACUUCGAUGUCAUAGAAAAGUUAGCCCAAGAAGACUACGUCCUCACCCAGCUCAUUUUGAAGAUGAUCUUUGAUAAGCCAUGACUGCAGGAUUGGUACCGAGGUGGUAUAGCUGUCACGUGUGAUGACUAGAUAUUGUAUGACAUUCAUAUGUAGUACCAGUCACCCAUGACACCCCAGCACUGCCCAUGUAUAGUAAUAACGUUCUCUUAUGUGGCAAACAGGACUAAGGGCCCCAGACAACAGGUCUCUUGUGCAACUAGAACGUCUGCAACCCUUAUAACUACAAUAAUGUGUCUCCCCCUGAAAUAAAGUGAUCACGACCAAUUGUCCUCCUCUGAGAUCUAUUCAGCCAUUGCUAUCUCUGUUUUGAGAAAGUUGGGUGGCCACCAAUAUGGCUGCCAUUACAGCUGCUCACACUCAGAACUUUUGCAGACUCCAAAUCUGCCUAGGUGUGAAGCAGGAGACUAGCAAGAUUUCUCAUCCAGAAGUCUGGGAAAGAUGAGUAACAUCCUUGGUGGACCUGUAAUGGAGGUCAUAUUGCCACCCAGCUUUCCCAGAGACACAUAUAAAAAGGACUAACUUGACAUUAUUAAUGGAGAGACUGCUUUCAGUCAGAGACUAGAUACACUAACCAAUAUGCCACAUAAUAAGAGAUUUUACAGUAGUCUACAUUUAGCUUUUCCUGGUUCCUGAAUGGUAAAUUUGCCAAGUUAUGAAGUGAUACAGGUGUGGGAAAUGUAUCUCUUUAUAAACAGACAUAUUUGCUGUUCAGAAAUCUAAGAAAGCUAAGUGACCACCCAUGUGGGAGGUCAUAUUGGCUGCCACCCAGCUUACCCAUUAACAGCCAGCUAAGGUCUGUUGGCAGCCUCAUACUGUAGCAUCAGUGGAACGAUUGGUUCGUGGCUAAUUCCUGUGGAUGGCAGUCACAUUGGUUAUCACUCAGCUUUACAUAGUUUCUGAAUGCUUACCUAUGUUUUGAUACAGUUUAGCUAUUUAGGAGACUUGGAAAGCUGGAUGUCCACCCUGUGAGAGCUGUAGUGGAGAUCACAUUGGUUGUCAAAAAUAACCCAAGAAAAAAAUAGCUAAAAUAUAUCAAAUCUGUAUUAUCAAAAACUAAAUACACAAACAGUUAAAUCACUAGAUAUCCGGAGAAAAAAAAGACUCCUCUUACGAGACCUUAUAUGGUGACGUUACCCCAAUCACAGAACAGGGUCAAUCCCCUACAGAAAGUCUAAUAAAGAUUUGAUAUAUUUUAGCUAUUUUUUCUUGGGUUAUUUUUGGUCUAUGAUAGCUAAGAGGGACUAAUAAAUCCUUGUUUGUCGGUGAAUUAUUGCACAUUGGUUGUCACCCAGCUUUUCCAGAGACAGGUAUAACAAGAGAAGCAGCUACAGUAUGUAAUGUGAGAGAGAAGCCUGACAGUGUACAUCCAGGUAAUCUAUAAGGUGACAUCAUUACAGGCGGUCGAUGGGUGGGUUGGCGGCAUUAUCUUCCAAUGUUUACAGACAUGUCACCAGGAAAGUGUGCACUCCCCUAAAACAAUCUCAUUUAUUGUAAUCCCCGUCCAGUCCUGGAAAUCUCUUCAGGAUUAAUGUUUAUCCAUGACUUACGAGGCAUGUUCUUCCCGGAGAUGAAUCACUGUACCAGGAAUAAUAACAUGAUCGCACUGCCAACAAGAAUAUACAUGAAAACGAAAUAUCUGACUCGGGAAUAGUCAAUAGGCGCUAUUACACCUCCCACAACUUUCCUAGACUCUGAAUGGCUGAUCUGUCUAACCAUUGAGCAAUGUAGAGAUGUGGGGUAUAUCAGCUUAGUCAGAUAUGCCCUUCAGGAGUCUGGGAAAGCUGAACAUAGCAGCAAGAGUCGGGCCCUGUACAGAAGAUUGGCUCUUGUGUAGCAGCCGGAGGCCCUAAUCUUAGACUGGAUCAGCUCCAGAGGAUUAAGCAAUGAAUGCACACAGACAUGGGACAUGGAUGGAGCUUCUACGUCACUGUCAUUCCACAGAAAAAAAUAAAAGAUGGUUGCACUCACAAGGAUCGGCAUUGGUUGCAUUUUUACAUCAGGGAAUUGCAUAAAGGAAAAUUCGAUAAGGCUAGAAUUCCACUGAGGUUUUUCAUGCAAAAAUUCCCUUAAAAACGCCCAUUUGGCUGCACAGCUUUUUUCUGUGAAAAAACGCCACGGCCAGAUGUUAGCUGCAAGUCAAUAGUGAACUGCAAAAUGCCAUAUUUACUUGGCUUUCUUCAUUUUUUUUUUUUUUUUAUCCUUUUGGCAAUUUUCAGCUAUUUUUUCCAAAAAUUACGUCUUGUUGAGCCUUUGGCGUUUUUUCAGGAAAAUCUUGGUGUUCUCCUCCCAUAGAAGUCUAUGGGAGUGAAAAAAAGGCAAGAAAAAUGCCAUGUGGGUUUUAACUUUGCAGGCGUUUUUGCAGGCGGUUUUUAUUCUUUUUUUGGACUUUAGCGACCAAAAAAAGUGAUGGAGAUACCUUUUUUUAAUAAAAUUUUGUAAAGUACCAUUAAAAAAAAAUUUAUAAAAAAGAUACAGUAGUGAUGGAAAAAAUUGUAUUUAACAAAAUGUAUCUUUUUUAUAACUAAAUAUUUAUACAUUUUUAAACAGGGAUCAAUUUAUGUUGGCGGGCAGGGAACUAAAAAUGUAGA